AUGACCAUGAGCUGCCAGCUAAAGGGCCAGGAGGAGGAAGGUGACAGGUCCAGGAGGAGACCCUCACGGAAGCAGCCUCCCAGAGCCGAGCGUGUGGUGGGCAGACAUGGAGCUCAGCCUAGCCAGAAGGAGCGGGCGGAGGGCAGCCCAAGGCCAGGGUCCCCCCGGAGGAAGCAGGCAGAGCACCAGAGACUCAGAGAGGAGAAGCCUGGGGGGAGCUCCACAAAGAGGACCUGUGAGGGGAGGAGGAAGAGAGAUGGGAGGGCUUCCCUCAAGGAGCAGAGACAGAGAGCUCCCCCAAAGAAGGAAAAGGAGGCACUGAGGAAGGAGACACGGAAGCGACCAAAGAAACACAGAUCACCCUCCCUGGCCUCCAGCACCUCUGGUGGGGAAUCUCUGUCAGAGGAGAAGCUGGCCCGGAUCCUGGAGCAGUUAGAAGACAAGAAGAAGCUCAUUGCCACCAUGCGGAACAAGCCCUGGCCCAUGGCAAAAAAGCUUAGGGAGCUCAGGGAGGCCCAAGAAUUUGUGGAGAAGUAUGAAGGAGCCUUGGGAAAGGGGAAAGGCAAGCGACUCUAUGCCUAUAGGAUGCUGGUGGCUAAGAAGUGGGUCAAGUUUAAGAGAGACUUCGAUAAUUUCAAGACUCAGUGUAUACCCUGGGAAAUGAAGAUCAAGGACAUUGAAAGUCAUUUUGGUUCUUCAGUGGCAUCAUAUUUCAUCUUUCUCCGAUGGAUGUAUGGAGUUAACCUUGUCCUUUUUGGCUUAAUAUUUGGUCUAGUUAUCAUCCCAGAGGUUCUGAUGGGUGUGCCCUAUGGGAGUAUUCCCAGAAAGACGGUGCCUCGGGCUGAGGAAGAAAAAGCCAUGGAUUUUUCUGUCCUUUGGGAUUUUGAGGGCUACAUCAAGUAUUCUGCUCUCUUCUAUGGCUACUACAACAACCAGAGGACUAUCGGGUGGCUGAGGUACAGGUUGCCCAUGGCUUACUUUAUGGUGGGGGUCAGCGUGUUCGGCUACAGCCUGAUGAUUGUCAUUAGAUCGAUGGCCAGCAAUACCCAGGGCAGUGCAAGUGAGGGGGAGAAUGCUAACUUCACAUUCAGCUUCAAGAUGUUCACCAGCUGGGAUUACCUGAUUGGGAAUUCAGAGACAGCUGACAACAAAUAUGCCUCCAUCACCACCAGCUUCAAGGAAUCAAUAGUGGAUGAACAAGAAAGUAACAAAGAAGAAAAUAUCCAUCUGACAAGAUUUCUCCGGGUUCUAGCCAACUUUCUCAUCAUUUGCUGUUUGUGUGGAAGUGGGUACCUCAUUUACUUUGUGGUGAAACGAUCCCAAGAAUUCUCCAAAAUGCAGAAUGUCAGCUGGUAUGAAAGAAAUGAGGUAGAAAUUGUGAUGUCCCUGCUUGGUAUGUUUUGUCCCCCUUUGUUUGAAACCAUUGCUACCCUGGAGAAUUAUCACCCACGCAUUGGACUGAAGUGGCAGCUAGGACGCAUUUUUGCACUCUUCCUGGGGAACCUCUACACGUUUCUCUUGGCCCUGAUGGAUGAUGUUCACCUCAAGCUUUCUAAUGAAGAGACAAUAAAGAACAUCACUCACUGGACUCUGUUUAACUAUUACAACUCCUCUGGUUGGAAUGAGAGUGUCCCCCGGCCACCCCUGCACCCUGCAGAUGUGCCCCGGGGUUCUUGCUGGGAGACAGCCGUGGGCAUUGAAUUCAUGAGGCUGACAGUGUCUGACAUGCUGGUAACGUACAUCACCAUCCUGCUGGGGGACUUCCUGCGGGCUUGUUUUGUGCGGUUCAUGAACUACUGCUGGUGCUGGGACCUGGAGGCUGGAUUUCCCUCUUAUGCUGAGUUUGAUAUUAGUGGAAAUGUACUCGGCUUGAUCUUCAACCAAGGAAUGAUCUGGAUGGGCUCCUUCUAUGCUCCAGGACUGGUAGGCAUCAAUGUGCUGCGUCUGCUGACCUCCAUGUACUUCCAGUGCUGGGCAGUGAUGAGCAGCAACGUUCCCCAUGAACGUGUGUUCAAAGCCUCCCGAUCCAGCAACUUCUACAUGGGCCUCCUGCUGCUGGUGCUCUUCCUCAGCCUCCUGCCAGUGGCCUACACCAUUAUGUCCCUCCCGCCCUCCUUUGACUGUGGGCCAUUCAGUGGGAAAAACAGAAUGUAUGAUGUCAUCCAAGAGACGAUUGAAAACGAUUUUCCAACCUUCCUGGGCAAGAUCUUUGCUUUUCUUGCCAACCCUGGCCUGAUCAUCCCUGCCAUCCUGCUGAUGUUCCUGGCCAUCUACUACCUGAACUCGGUUUCCAAAAGCCUUUCCCGAGCUAAUGCCCAGCUGAGAAAGAAAAUCCAAGCGCUCCGCGAAGUUGAGAAGAGCCACAAAUCUGUCACGGGCAGAACUACAGGCAGAGAUUCAGAGGACACAGCUCAAGGCACCUCCCAAAAUGCUACCCAGCUCCCACUCACCAAAGAAGGGAUGACGCCUCACUCUGCCAGCCAAACCCAGACCCCAGACAAGAAGGCCGAGGAUCCUGGGACCUUCGGUUCUGCCAGUGGGACCAUGCUGCCUGCCUCCCGGUGCCUGUCUGUAGCUCGGCCUACUGGCUUCAGACCAGAUUCUGGCCACGCUCGGCCUCAGACUCAUCCUUGGAGGUCAGCCUCUGGAAAGAGUGCUCAGAGAUCUCCCCACUGA